ACUCCACCCCGGGGAAGGCGGUGCGGAUAAAGGCUUGGGGGCCGCCCGCUCGGCCCCAGAUCUGCCCCGCCACCGCGCACUGGUCCCGGACGUGGGUACGCUCAGGACGGUUGCGACCUCGGACUGGAGGCUCCUGAUCUUCCAAGCGGCGGCGGCGGCGGCGGCGGCUGUUGCUAAGGGAGGGGACGCGCGGGGAAGCGCGGCCCGAGCGGCGGACGGCACAGAGCGCGGAAGCCCGAGCGGCGCCCCCCACCCCCGGACCCUUCCCCGCGCCCACCGUCCUUGGAAGGAGCCGCGAGUGCAGUCCCCACCCCCGGAAGGCGCCCCGACGAGUCAACGCGACUCCGGAGCGCCACUCGGAUUUUUGAUUCCUGAUUUCACCUUCCGCUCCUGGCACUUUCUUGAAGAGGACGCGCGCUGCCCUUAGGAAUCCCGAGGACCCCGGUUCGGGGAGCCCCCCCCCCCAGCAGUGCCCGGAGGCGCGGCGAGGAUUGGCGGCGCCCCGCGGACCCCAUCCCUCCAGCGCGGGCCGGGGAUGGAGCCGCAGCCCGGCGGCGCCCGGAGCUGCCGGCGCGGGGCCCCCGGCGGCGCCUGCGAGCUGGGCCCGGCGACCGAGGCGGCUCCCAUGAGUCUGGCCAUCCACAGCACGACGGGCACCCGCUACGAGCUGUCGGUGCCCCCGGACGAAACGGUGGAGGGGCUGCGCAAGCGGCUGUCCCAGCGGCUCAAAGUGCCCAAGGAGCGCCUGGCACUGCUCCACAAAGACACCCGGCUCAGUUCGGGGAAGCUGCAGGAGUUCGGCGUGGGGGAUGGCAGCAAGCUGACGCUGGUGCCCACCGUGGAGGCGGGCCUCAUGUCGCAGGCCUCGAGACCAGAGCAGUCUGUGAUGCAGGCCCUGGAGAGCUUGACAGAGACCCAGCCCCCAGUGGCGCCCGGGCCAGGCCGGGCUGGCGGAGGCGUCUUCCGGAAAUACCGAUUCAUUUUAUUUAAGCAUCCGUGGCACCGACAGGGACCCCAGAGCCCAGAGAGGGGCGGCGAGAGGCCCCAGGUCAGUGACUUCUUGUCCGGCCGCUCGCCACUGACCCUGGCGCUGCGAGUGGGUGACCACAUGAUGUUCGUCCAGCUGCAGCUUGCCGCACAGCAUGCCCCGCUGCAGCACCGCCACGUGCUGGCCGCCGCCGCCGCCGCCGCCGCCGCCGCCCGGGGGGACCCCAGCACGACCGCCCCCGUGUCCUCUCCCUGCCGGCCCGUGUCCAGCACUGCCCGGGUCCCCCCGAUGCCCAGCAGCCCUGCCCCUGCGUCCCCCUCGCCUGUCACAGCCGGCUCUUUCCGAUCCCACUCAGCUUCUGCCACCUGCCCCGAGAUGGACUGCUCGCCCCCAGCCAGGGCUGGCAGCCCGGCCUCCACCCCCGGGGGGAGCCCCGCCUCCCGCUCCCGCAAACCCGGCGCUGUCAUUGAGAGCUUCGUGAACCACGCCCCGGGGGUCUUCUCAGGGACCUUCUCUGGCACGCUGCACCCCAACUGCCAAGACAGCAGCGGGCGGCCGCGGCGGGACAUCGGCACCAUCCUGCAGAUCCUCAACGACCUUCUGAGUGCCACGCGGCACUACCAGGGCAUGCCCCCAUCGCUGACCCAGCUGCGCUGCCACGCGCAAUGCACGCCCGCCUCGCCCGCCCCGGACCUCGCCCCCAAAACUACCUCCUGUGAGAAGCUGGCGGCUACAGCCCCGGCCUCCCUGAGCCAGGCCCGCAUGUGCAAGCCCCUGGGGGACCGGCUGCGGCAGACGGAGAACCGGGCCACCCGCUGCAAGGUGGAGCGCCUGCAGCUGCUGCUCCAGCAGAAACGGCUGCGCAGGAAGGCCCGGCGCGACGCCCGCGGCCCCUACCACUGGCCGCCCAGCCGCAAGGCCGGCCGCAGCGACACGAGCGCGGGUGGUGGCGGCGGCAGCCCCAGCGAGGCCUCCGGCUUGGGCCUCGACUUCGAGGACUCCGUUUGGAAGCCGGAAGUCAACCCUGACAUUAAGUCAGAGUUCGUGGUGGCCUAGGAACGCGUCCCUCGCCCGACCACCCUGGGCCGAGUCCCAGCCCCAGCGAGGCCUGCGCGGGAGGCGCCUCCCUCCCCGUCCAGCUUCCUUCUGAUUCUUUGUUUUUUGGUUUUUUUUUCUUUUUUUUUUUUUAAUUUCCAUUCUUAACCAUGGUUUUCCGAACUCUCCACGGACUUGGUUCCUGCCGCCUCCUGCCGCCGCGGUCCAGCUCGCACUUCCCCGCCUCUUCCUGCCGUGGCGGCUCCAGCCUCCCGAGCUGGGUCCUUCCCGCCCACUUCCCAAGCUCCAGAUAUGUAGCAGUCACUCCAGAUGGUUGAGAGUGGGGACGAGGAAGCCGCCCCCGCCCCUUCAGGUUUAAGUCAAAAAUGUAGAUGCCUCAUGAUGCACUUUACAGACGCCCGGAGGGAAGGCCUGCCGCGCACAGCGACCGGAGGGCCCUGCGCCGCGGGCGCUUCUCCACAUCUGUGCUUUUUUUCUCUUGGUCUCUUUUUCCAGGAAAAAAAAAAAAAAAUAAGGCGCUUCGGCAGGCUGCAGCCAGCCCGCCUUGGGGUUCAGGUGCGGUGCGGGGCCCUUUCCGAGCAGGAAAGGAGAGAGGGAGGGGAACAGACCAGACGCCAGCCUUGAGUCCGCGCACUGUGCCAUUUCCUCCUGUCCCGCCCCCUUUUCGUUCUGAGCUUGGGGUAUUUAUAGACUAUUAAUUUUCUGAGCCAAUAGCGGUUGGGAGUCUCUUGAACACUCGGGAGAGAAAUGGUUGGGGGGACGGGAAAUACCCCCAGCCCUCCUUCCUGGCCCAACCUGAGGGAUCUGGGCCUGCGGGCUGUGUCUGGAGGCCCUCUGGCAGCCAGGAGGGGAGGGGGUGCUGAGCUGUGAAGCCCCCAGUAGGGGUGACGCUGUGUAGCAUUAACCCCCUGGGGGGGGUUCGCUGCUGGUCUAAAUUGGACCCUCCCCACUCUUAUCCCCAGAUUCCCCCUGGGGCAGAGGGGCGAACCCCCUACUGGGGCCAUUUCAAUGGGGGUGGAGUCUUUGUUCAUUCACUUAUUUUUACUGAUAAUGGAGGUGAUCGGGCCCCGCCCCCACCCCAGUCGUGUCCUUCCCCACCUCUGUCCUCCAGACGUCCCCACCCCCUCCCUCCCUCCCUCCUAUCUUAGGUGAACCCCCCAUUAUGUGUUUAAUGGUUUCAGAUGUGAACAUCAUGUGUUAACUGUAGCUCUGUAAACUUUUUUGUGGGGGGGUGGGGGGAGGGGUCAGAGGGUAGGGGUCAAGGAUUUGUUUUUCGUUUGUUUUCAUUUUCCAAAAAAAAAAAAAAAAAAAAGAAAAAAGGAGUGGGUUUGUUUUUCAAGAACUGUCUUGGAUACCUAUUUAAAUGUGUUCUGUUUUUUGUUGUUGUUUUUUUUUUUUUUUAACGAUUUUUAAAUAACACGUGUGCCUCCGCGGGUCUGAGGGUGGAGGUCCCAGGCAGGAACCAGCCCGCCCCCCUCCGCCCUCACCAGGGUUCCCCCAAGAAAGCAUUACCCACCCUCGGGGGGUCGGGCUGUGGGAGGGGUUCCCGGCACCUUGCGUGAGUUUCCUGUAUGAAGACAAAAUUGGGAAGAAAACCAUACACCGUGAUUUCAAGUAAUAAACAAAAUGAAACCUGA